CUUGAAAAGGGGACAGCUCGCUGAAUGCAAGCAUCUCGGGUUUCGCCGACCAAUCCACGCGGGACGCUGCUACAACUCGCCUGCGUUCUAGUUUAUUUCCCUUGUGAUUUCAACUGCUGCUGGUUUAUAAUAACACAAAGCGAAGACGUCCCAACCGUGUGCUGAUCCGAAAUGGCACCGACGCAAUCCCGAGAUAAUAUUCUCAACGAGAAUGGCGACUCGUUGGUUGGCCGAGAGGUUGUCGACAGGAGUCCAAAAGUGGACUCGGACAUGGACCCAAGAGCAAUGACAGCCAAGCAAAAACGCAAGGAGAAGUUCUCCCUCACACUCAACAUUUUCUUUAUCAGCUGCGGGUUUUUGUUCCUUUUUACCGCUUUCCAGUCUCUUCAGAACCUACAGAGCUCACUGAAUUCAGAUGAAGGUCUUGGCCUGGCAUCCCUGUGUGUGAUCUAUGCGUCCCUCAUCAUCUCCUGCAUGUUCGUCCCGCCCUACAUGAUAGGGAGGCUUGGUGCCAAGUGGGCCCUUGUGGUAUCUAUGGUCUCCUAUGUACUGUACACUGUCGCUAACUACUACCCUUCCUGGUAUACAAUGAUACCAGCCUCAUUCCUUGUUGGCAUGUCUGCGGCGCCUUUGUGGUCCUCCAAGUGCGCGUACCUCACCACCACAGGGAUCCGGUACAGCGAACUGAGCAAUGAGACUCAAGAGACCGUCGUCACGCGCUAUUUCGGGAUUUUCUUCCUCAUAUUCCAGAGCGGACAGAUCUGGGGGAACUUGAUCUCGUCCAUGGUCCUACAGCAGGGAGAUGCGGGCGGAGAAAGUUUUCGUGAAAACGCGGCUGAGGUGUGCGGCCCAAACUUUUGUAAGAUGCCCGAGGCUGUCGGCAAUGCGACUGAGCCGCUGUCCAGGCCCGAGAAGAAGUUCGUUUACACGAUGCUCAGCAUUUACCUCGCUACUGGUGUAGUGGCUGUACUUCUCAUUAUAUUACUGCUGAAAAAAUUGACGGGCAAGAUGAGCCGCAAGAAGGACGAGGAGACUGGACUCAACUUGUUGAUUGCAACCCUGAAACACUUGAAAGACCCCCGGAUGAAACUGAUUUUGCCAAUCACCUUUUACAGCGGCAUUGAGCAGGCUUUCAUAUUUGGGGACUUCACGGCGGCGUUUGUCACGUGCUCUCUCGGUGUGCACCGUGUCGGCUUUGUCAUGAUUUGUUUCGGCGUGACGGACGCGGCGUUCUCCUUCAUCCUGGGUCGCCUGACUAAGUACACUGGCCGUCUACCGAUCUUCAUUAGCGGCAUGCUGGUCCACAUGACUGCCAUCAUCACCAUGCUAACCUGGCGCCCAGAUGCCCAGCUCAUCUGGGUGUAUUACGUACUCGCGGCCUUGCAGGGGUUCUGUGACGCGGUCUGGCAGACUCAGAUCAACGCUCUGUACGGAUGCUACUUUCCUGACAACCAGGAGCCCGCCUUCUCCAACUACCGUCUUUGGGAAUCCCUCGGAUUCGUGGUGGCGUUUGCCUACGCUUCUUUCAUCUGCAUCAACGUCAAGCUCUACAUACUGCUGGCUGUGCUCCUGCUAGGCAUGCUGGGAUACUUGAUAUCGGAGCUCGUCCACCGUCGCAUGGAUCAAAGCUCAUACGAAAUGAACAAGGAAUCGACAGAAAUGGCGGCUGCCAAUGCUGCCAUCGAUGCCGAAGAGCUCCCGGAAAAAACGAAGAACGUUUAAGAGGCAUGGUUAGCAGUUCCUUUGACACCCGAGGCUUAGAACAAGGGACCGAUUUCACCUCCCUAAUAGUUCUUGCGUCUCAUCCCAAUGGCGUCUCUUUCCUCUCCCCUCGCCCUAGGCCGCAGGUUUCCGAGAAUGUCAUGAGAAUAGGUAGGAUCGCGGCGUGUAUAGCAAUGUUUGGUUGAUCUUCAUAUCCGCACCGAAAGAUCAAGGAUGCAGCGAGAGCCUACUGCACGAUCCUUGUAAUUCAAUAGCAACCCUAAUUUGUAAGUUUUAUAGCAACCCUUAUUUGGUUUCAUCGCUGAAUUCGAGGUUUACACGAUUAAGCUCCUGUCACCCCCCCCCCCUCCCCUAGAAAUACUAGAUCUUCCGUGUGUUGAUAUAAAAAAAACAAUCUAUCAAUUAGAGUAGGCAAGUUUGCAUUUCAGAUGAGGGCUUUUGAUCGAAGAAAUGACAAAUUAGGGUGUUAGUUUUUUUAAUUUAAUUUGUCUGUUUUUAGAAUGCUAUUUUCAUUAACUUUACAAGAGGAUGGUUUUUAACUACCUAGUAAAACCACGCAUUAAUAUUGUCAGUAGGGAAGGGUAAUACUAUCUUCUUUCCAUAGAGCUAUAGCAGAAAUGAAAAUUUGGAGAUGAUGCUAUAAUAAUGUAUAUUUGGUUUAAGGUUAGCUAUGUCUUUGAUGAUGAAAAAAUAGAAGAUAGGGGAUGGGAUCAGUAAACGUUAUCAGCCACUGCCUUUUCGAUAGCAAAAACUACGGAGGAGAGAAGACGUUUUUGCUUACACUAGUGUGAAAUCACUCGAAUAUAUGUGAAGCAAGCCGAAUAGGAGAUAGCAUACCACUUUCCUCUUCUUUCGCUAGUGAAAGAGGCUUCGGUCUAACAUAUCUCCUACGAGCGUGGGUAUGAUUUUGGCGCGAAAAUAUUGUACAGUAAAUAUAAAGGGGAUCACUAUAUAACCAACGAGACGGCUUCAAUAUGACAAGGGCGGAUACAAGAAAAAUCUAGGGGGUGGAUACAAGGGAAAUCGUGGCCGGGCGGGGAAGGGGUGCUUUUGGCAUUUAUUCUAUAUCCACUGACACGCUUUACGGCGCCUGCAGCCCCCUUGUUGGCCACACCUUAUUGUUUUCGACAAUAAUAGAAGACAAAUUAUGAGAAAUCUGCCUGAAAAUAAAGUACCAUGCUUAGUUACCAAACUGAACCGAAACUAUCAGAAAACUUUCGUAAAUUAGUUGAGGGAAAUGGAUACAUGCUCGGACUUGGUGCCUUAGGUGCGUGUAAUCUAGAUUUUGUAUUUAUUUGUUAGGAAACACAGCUCCCAAUUCAUUGUAUUGUAAUUAUAGAAAAUGUCGUCGUUUCAGUAAAAGGCUGCUCGAAAUGCAGUAAAAUGGUAAGAUGGAUAAGACAUGUUAAGACAAUAAAAUAUUUUAGUGAGAA